ACUUUACAACUGAAAAGUAUUACCCUUAGCGUGAUGGCAAUUCCAGCCACCCAACAAGCCCCUCAAAGUGCUCCCAUAAUUGCUGGUAGGUUCGAGGUCACAGUCUCCCCUCCCUCUUUUCCGUCGGUCAUUCGCGUUAUAAAGAAGGCUAACCCAGACCCGUCUUCCCCGCCAACUACACUCGAAACCAAACAUCCAGAAUUAGGAUCUGCCUUCAAUCCAGCAAUGGCGGAAAAGAUCUCCACGUUAGAGCUAAAAGUUGACCUAGGCUGCCGGUAUUGCUACAAAAAGAUUCAAAAGACUCUAUGCAAGCUCCAAGAACGGGAGAACAUAAAAACCAUCACAUAUGACAAGAAGAACAAUACUAUCACAAUCUCCGGCCCAUUCGAUCCCGAGAAGCUCAUCAAGAAGCUCCGCUGCAUGGCCUGCAAGGUGAUCAUAAUCAUAAUAAUUGUAAAGCCGCCGCCGCCGCCGACGCCGACAAAGCCGCCACCAGAACCAUGCAAAUGUUGUUGCAAGGUGUGCAACAACAUUAAAAUCAUAUCAUGUGACCAUCACAAGGAUCCCAAAUGUACGGUGACCAAGAAGGUGAUCGAGGAUCCUACUCCCGAGAAGAAAAAGGAUGAUAAGGAUAAAAAACCUACCGAGAAAGAAACUAAAAAGAAGGUGAUCAACGACAUUGAGAUCAUAAUAUGUGAGCAUCCAAAAUGUCCGGAUCCCUGCCCACCACCAUGUCCACCACCGUGUGAACCACCGUGCCCACCACCAUGUCCGCCACCGUGUGAACCACCGUGCCCACCACCAUGCCCACCACCGUGCCAGCCACCAUGUCCACCACCGUGUCCACCACCAUGUCAACCACCAAUUUGUCAGGUUUGUUGCAGGAUGCCCUCCUCUGGGGGGCACCAAGGAGGGUCUCGGUGUUACUCUUGUGGAAGGAUCGACGGAUGCGUGCCUGAUUGUCCACCAAUGCCCUUUGGUGGAACCUCUCAUGGAGGAUACCAGUUCAUGUUGAAGGAGGAUCCAUCACCGUCAUGUACCAUCAUGUAAUCGUGUGUAUCCAUGUUUUUCCUUUGCCAAAACUAAUAACAGUAAUAAGGGUGAAGGAUGUUAGAUUUAUGGGAGAAUAAUGUGGAAAUAAAAUGUUAUUUCAGUGUAAUAUUUUCAUUUGGAAUAUUGUGUGAAAGGAAUAUUUUAUAUAUGCAAGAUAAUGUGAAGUUCUUUUCUUA